AUGGGACGGCAAAAGCUGGGCACAGAUAGCACUGGUACGCGGCAAAGUCCUUCCUCCAUCCCUCCAAAUAAAAUGGCUUCAAAAGAAAUCAUAAUGGACGCCCAUUAUUCGAACCAGUGGCAAUACCAUCUCGAGGGUAUACAACUUCAAGGUGUGCUUCACAUUACAGGGUCGGUCAAGUCCAUGGGUAUUCCUCUUGAUCCAUGGACGGGUUCGUCAAAACUGAAUCAAAAUGGAUAUCUCCAAUUUAUUGAAGACUCGAAACCAGGACGAAUCGAAUAUUCAAAGAGAGGAUCGCCAAAGGAGAUCAAGGCGGUGACCGUUUCAAAAGCUUUGAGUGAACUAUCAACUGCACGUCUAAGAGGUCACAGAGACUCCAACGAGAUUGUACGCAAAGGCCUCUUCGUGCUCGAGCAAAAGGAUGGUCUGAAGCGGUUGGGUGACGACGUUUGGGACUUUCUCGAGCAAUUGGCUAUAGCUGCACUUGACAUUGGACAACUGGCACUUGCGGAUGACUGUAUUCAACGUUUGGAGGAACAAUUCCCCAAAUCUCCUCGUGUAGACCUCCUGCAAGGACUACGAAUAGAAGCGAAAGACCU